AUGGCGCUCGGAGGUGCCAUAUUUGCUUUUGGAUGUGCACUUCAAGCGGGUGCUGCUAAUGUUGGCAUACUUAUCGCAGGUCGUGCGAUUGCCGGUAUAGCUGUUGGUAUUCUCUCAGCUCUAGUUCCAAUUUUUCAAUGGCGCUUCCCUCUAGCAUUCCGGGUUGUCCCUGGUCUAUUCCUAGCCAUUGGAACUUGGUUCUUGCAAGAAUCUCCUCGAUGGUUAAUGGAGAAGGAUCGACAAGAUGAGGCGAGAGAGGCUCUUUACAAAUUGCACAGCGAUGGCUCGAACGACGAAUACUUAGAAUUGGAGUUUUCUGAAAUUCGAGACACGAUUAUUGCGGAAAAGACAGUAGCAGUCAAAUCAUGGUCCGAACUCAUUGCGAAAAAAAUCAUGGAGACAUCGACUAAUCUUGGGAUGCGGAAUCCAAGCAUGGGUCUUUUGGGUAUUGACACACGUACUUCCCUCAUGAUCAUCGGUAUUUCUGGCUCUUUUUCCAUUGUCUACUGUGCACUCGAUUUAUACUUUUUGGAAAGACUUGCAAGAGUCAAGCCAAUGGUUUUUCUCAGCCACUGGCUUUGCAUUGGCUCUGUUGGCCAACACAGUUCUCAGUCAGUAUUACGUUGUCGACGGACAACAAUCAACAAAUGCAAAUGCAUUAAGGGCAAUGGUGGCCAUGAAUCUUGUCUUCUCAUUUUUCUAUACAUUUACUGGAAUUAUCAGUUGGGUCCACCCCGCCGAAAUUUUUCCCGUGGAAAUUCUAUCUCAACCCUGACAAAUUGGUGUCUUGAUCUUCUUCUGGGCCAAACUGGACCUUUAGCACUCACCAAUAUCGGAUUCAAAUUUUUCUAUGUCUUUUUCGUGUUUAAUAUUCUUGCAACAGCAUGCUAUUGGAUAUUCUACCCAGAAACCAAGGGCAAAACACUUGAGCAGAUGGACGAACUAUUUGGUGAUCAACUGGUUCCUCAUGCAUUGGAGGAUCCUACUGGUGCGGAAGCUGCGAGAGCUGCAAUGAACGAGAAGGGUGUUUUCACACAUGAUGAAGAUAUUUCGUGA